AUGAAUUCAUGUUACCAAUUCAUUUUAAAGUAUCAUAAUUUAGUUAAUUCUCGUAUCUUGUUAUUAAAUAUUUUGCUUAUUAUAAUCUUCACUAUUUUACUUCAAUCCUUUGUAAUAUCGAUUGACGAUAAGCUUUCAAGUGAUUCUGGUAACAUGGAGUCUUUUCAUACAAACCCUACAAACGAUAAUGAUAAGCCAUUCCUAUAUUUCGAUGAUACUACCGCUGCCCCUAACUCCACACCUUCAAAUACAACUUUUAUUAUCGAUAGUUGUAAUAUGUCAUGUAUGAAAUUGUGGUUAGUCUUUAUCGCAGUAGUAGUAAUAGCUUUAAUGCUAGUACUUUAUCUCUGUGUUCCUACCAUAUGCAGACCGAAACGAAGAAGGAAAUCAACUUGGUUAGAAGAAGCUAAACCUAAAAAAAGUGAUGUUACUACUGAUGUUUAUCAACGAGCUAUGGAGUAUAUUAGAACACAUCCUCCUAAUGAAGAUCUACCACCCUAUAAAGAAAUACAGGGUAAAAAGGGUUAUUCAGCUUGGAAAUUUGAAAGAGGAGGACAUAGUGAAGUUACACGUGAGGGAAAAUGGGUAGAAUUCUUUUUUAAGAGUACUGAAAAAAAUAUUGAAUCUAUGAUACAAACAAACUAUCCAUUUAUUAUGAAUGGAGAUUUGGGAUUUGAUGAAAUGAUGCAUUAUUUUGAAGUUACUGUAAAGUCAAUUUCGAGUCAAGUAAACACUAUAUCAGUCGGUUUGACCACAAAACCCUAUCCAUACUUCAGGCUUCCUGGAUACCAUGUAUACUCUGUUGCAUACCAUUCCGAUGACGGUCGAAAAUUCAAUAGCGGCGAUCCUGAUGGAGGAGCCGAGUAUGCUCUACCAUGGGGUAAAGGCGAUACAAUUGGUUGUGGAUACAGACCUGAUGAUGGUGAAGUAUUUUUCACAAAAAAUGGAAAAUUCUUAGGUGUAGCGUUCAGUGAAUUAAAGCACACUUGGUAUCCAUCUAUUGGUGCUGAUGGAUCUUGCGAAUUGGAGGUUAAUUUUGGGGAUACUGAGUUUAAAUAUAAAGGUGCUAGAGGAUUUGGUCCUGGUAAUCCUUCACAUAUACAGCAUGUACAAAUGAUGUAA